AUGGAGAGCAGACUGAAGGAUGACUCUUCCGUGGCUCCUGAAGGUUUCCGUCCUGACUCUCGCUCUGUGGAGUCCAGCCAGAGGCCAGAAGAGGAAGAGGAAAGGGCAGAGAGACGACAACCAGCCCUGAUUUGCCCGGUGGAGCUCAUGUUCAUCGUGGACAGUUCGGAGAGAGCCAAGUCUCUUCUGUUCGAGCGGCAGAAGGCCUUCAUCCUGCGGUUCAGCUCCAGACUCACGCAGCUGCAUUCGACCGGCUGGCGUCUGCGUCUCCGUCUCGCCGCGCUGCAGUACAGCAGCUCCGUUUCCCUGGAGCACAACUUCAGAGACUGGCAGGAUCUGGACGUGUUCCAGAGCCGCGUUUCCUCCAUGGCGUUCAUCGGACACGGCACCUAUUCGGCGUACGGUAUCUCCAACGCCACGCAGUUAUUCGGGCGCGAGACUUCCUCCAGCAGCCUCCGGGUGGCGCUACUGAUGACGGACGGAUCGGAUCAUCCUCGAAGUCCCAGUGCUGUUGCUGCUGCCGCUGAAGCCAAGCAGCAAAACAUCCGGGUGUUCAUCCUCCGGCUCUCGGACCUGCCGACGGACGCACAGAUGAGCGAGAAACUGAGGUCCAUCGCCAGCGCCCCGCCGCAGAAACACCUGCUGAGUCUCACGGACAAACAGCUGGACGACAAACUCUUCAAUGAACUGUGCCCUCAGCCGAAGUCCUGUCUAUGUGAGAGGGGGGAGAGGGGGCACGCAGGAAACCCGGGGAAGCCAGGCGAUCCGGGGUCUGAUGGAGGUCCGGGUCCAAAGGGAUUUCGUGGGGAAUCCGGCAUCAACGGACGUCCAGGGAUGGGGGGCCUUCAGGGUCGACCUGGCGGCAAAGGGGAAAGGGGAGAACAGGGGGAAUGUGGAACCGCCGGUAAAAAGGGAGAACAGGGUGCAGAGGGACCUCCGGGCCCCACAGGCCCCAGAGCAGAGCAGGGAGCGAGGGGUUCUCCUGGAGACCCGGGUCCAGAGGGGACAUCUGGAUCUAAAGGUGAGCGGGGCCUCGGGGGAGCAUCUGGACCUCCAGGAGAUAACGGCAUGGGGUUCCCUGGUCCAAAGGGUGACAAGGGGAACCAAGGAAGACAUGGAGCUCCUGGACUGAUGGGGGUCGGAGAAGCAGGGACUCCGGGUCCAUCGGGGCCUCCAGGCAUGCAGGGGUCUGCAGGAGUUCCAGGUGAGGGACUUCCAGGAUCCCAG